GAAGAGAAGAAGGUCUUUUUCCCAGCCAUCUUGUGGCUUCAUAUAGCGAAGUGUUCGCACCAAGCCUCGUAGAAUCGGUGGAAAAUCCUGCUGAAGGGGCGCCAUCAUGCCCGGACAAAUGCAAGAAGGUUUUGGCUGCGCCAUAACCAAUCGGUUCGACCAGCUAUUUGACGACGAGUCGGAUCCGUUCGAGUUGUUGAAGCUUGCGGAGAUAAAGAAGAAGGAGGCUCCCGUUCCCGGUGCCGCCAAGACAGCAGCCCAGGCUGCCAAGCAACAGAAAAAGGAGUCCCAGAAAGACAGAAAGAACCCCCUCGCCGAUAAGAAGGAGGAGAUUCAGGCACCCGUUCCGCUCAAGAAGGAUGGCGCUGGUAUGAGGAGAAUGGCCCGGAGGCCAGAAGGUGAUGGCUCCAGGCCUCAGGGUGGCCAGGGAGAGGGCCGGCCCCCCACAGACAGGCGGCCUGUGGACAGGCGACCCCCACGCCGCUUUGAGAGGCCUGCUGGAGAAGCUGGCGAGAAGACUGAGGGAGGGGAAUUCUCUGUAGAGAAGCCUGUUGGUGAUAGGCCGAUGAGGGGACGUGGUGGUGGUAGAGGAGGCCGUGGAGGCAGGGGACGGGGAAUGGGCCGCAGUGAUGGUUUUGACUCUCGGGGGAAACGCGAAUUUGACAGACACAGUGGCAGUGACCGAUCCAGCCUUAAAGGUGAGGAAAAGCGCGGUGGAAGUGGAUCUCACAACUGGGGCACCGUCAAGGAUGAACUGACUGAGCUUGACCAAUCAAACGUCACUGAGGAGAACCCUGAGGGAGAGGAGCAUCCAGCAGCUGACUCUGAGAACAAAGAGAAUGAGGCAGAGGAAGUCAAGGAAGAAGGACCCAAGGAAAUGACUCUCGAUGAAUGGAAGGCCAUGCAGGACAAGGAGCGGGCCAAAGUGGAGUUCAACAUCCGCAAGGCCAACGAGGGAGCUGAGUGGAAGAAAGGAUAUGUGCUGCACAAAUCCAAGGCAGAGGAUGAGAAGAAGGGCACUCUGAUAGACCCUGAAAUAGAUGAGAGCAAGGUAGAGGAUGAACACCACUUCCGCAAACCAGCCAAUGACAUUACGUCCCAGCUGGAGAUCAACUUUGGAGACCUUGGCCGUCCAGGCCGUGGCCGUGGGGGACCCCGUGGUGGUAGAGGAGGAGGCCGUGGCAGGGGCGAACCCCGUGAGGCUCGUGAUGGAGCUGCUACAAGGCCACCCCGUGGAGGAAGGACAGACAAGUCAAGUGGUGUUUCUGUGCCCAACGUGGAUGACCCCGAGGCCUUCCCAGCCCUGGCCUAAGCCCCGGCUGCUAUCCCUCGGGCCCACAGGAGCCCCUAGGCACCUCCACUACGAGGCUUGCAUGUUCCUGGAUCCUUCAGCAAAGUGAUGAAGACUGUCAUUAUCUAUGACACUCAAGUUUGAGGACUGAAUUUUACCAAUUAAAAAUAAAAAAGAAGACGAAAAAAACAGAAAUGAACACAAAAAACGUUGGAAAAAAGAAAAGGACUUCUUGCUACUCUGGAGCAACUUAUUGGUAGAGGUUUUGUACUUGGAAACAAAGUAGCAGGGAUGUUUUCAUACAGUAUUUUUUUCAGAGGUUAUGCAUUAUUCAUUGAUACUUUUUUGUAAUUGCUGCUUGGAAAAAUACGCAUUUCCAAAUAGAGGCGUAUCCUUUUGGCUUGCGAUGUCUCAUAGCUUGCUUGAUUUGUUGCUUCCUAACGGGCACUGCAGGGAUCCAACUCAAGCUCAUAUAAGCUUUACCACACUGGGUAUUUUAGAAGAAGUUACUGCUUCACUCAUUGAGAUUUUAAGGACUUUACUUUAGAACUGGGAUUUUUGUUUUAUAUUUUAUAAAGUUGGGUCUAAUCUAAAAUAUUAGACCUGUAAAUCUAAACUAUUUUCAUAGGAAAUCUCAGAUUGUAUUUCAGAUGAUGCUGAUACUUUGAUCCUAGUACCUACAUCGGGGACACAUGGAUUAGAUGGAGCCCAUUCUGUAUUGGGGUUCUUUUGUAUCGACGUGUUUCCAAAGGACUAAAUGGUCAUAAGGUGAUUACUUUCAUAACUUAAAAUUGAUAUUUUGACACCAGUCAACUGGAAUAAUUUACAGCUUGAAAGUUUCUACUUGUGAUUUCAUUUACUUAUAUUUGGGUGCUACUCAUUGACAAAGUCCUCCUACCCCUUCUGCUACAUAACAAGCUAUGUACAAGUUAAAGAUGCCUUGGUGUUUCCCUAAGAUGAGACGAGGAGAGGAGGUCCUUGCAUUAAGAUGCAGCUGUAGUCCUUUGGAAGCCCGCAGACCCUCAGACUACUGUUUACACACUCCAGUCCAGCAUACUGGGACAGCUGUGAACCCAGCCCGGCUCUAAUUUGUUUCUGCAGUCUGUUUUCGUGCCGAUAAUUUUCUCCAUUGUUGACCUGCCCUUAAAUUUCCACAGUGACACCGCUGCAUAAUCGCUCUGAAAGAAAUACAGUUGUUCGUUGUGCGGAACGGCUGAGUGCUCUGCAGAUGUGUGAAUUCUAGCCCUGCUAUUAGAGACCUCUGUCGGUAAAUAAAGAUGGUCGAUUCAU